ACUGCAGUUCGUGCACAGCAAUGGGUUAGUAAUGCGGCUUUAUCAUCCCGCCCAAUCGUCUUCACAGGAGCACAGAAGCAGCCAGAAUAUUCGAGUCUCCUAUUGCUCACUGCUCCCAGAUCAGAUUCUAGACACUUUCCAGUGCAGCCUCUGCCUGCCCGCGUCACUCUAUAAAUAUUCCAGGGAAGGGAGAGCGGACUACGAUGGCUCAGUUCACCAUGCCCGGCUUUACAAUGAAGAAUUCCCCGAAUCAGACGGCCAGCGGCGAUGCUCUGCCCCCCGGCUGGGAGAUCAAGAUCGACCCUCAGACCGGCUGGCCCUUUUUCGUCGAUCACAACAACCGGACGACAACGUGGAGUGACCCGAGGUUGGAUCUGCCGAAGGAAAGGCAAACAUUUUCCAAUGGUCCUUAUCCAUCAGGGUAUCACCAGUCAUCACCAGAUAUCCCAAAACAACCACAUGGAAAGGAAUUUGGCUCAACUGGUCCUCAGCUUCGUCCAGGCUACAUUUCCAUCCCAAUAAUUCAUGAAGGAGUUCCUGAACAUCAGCAAAAAUUACGUUAUUCACCUCAGCAGCCUGACUUGCAGAGACUUAAAACUGAAGUCCGGGCGCACUCCCCCAUACGGGCCCAGUCUCCAUCCAGGCUCUCAGCACGAGCUGAGUCUCCAUUUGAAGCCACACAGGCAGAUAAACAAAGUGGACAAGCAUCAACAGCUGCCUCGAGCCAGGCGCCUGGCUUGCACGGGUCAGAGAAUUCACAGUCUCAAACGAGCCCCCAAACAUUUCCACCUCAGCAAUAUGGCCGGUCAAGCUUAGGAAGUUCCCAGUUACCUUCAGGGUAUAUUUCUAUACCUGUGAUCCAUGAAGGAAGAGGAGUAAAGCCAACUCAACAGGUAUAUCACCCUGCUCACCAACCUCAACACCCGAACCAGCAAACACAUCACCCUGUGCAGCAGGCUGAAUACCCAAGCCAGCAAGCAUACCAGACUGACCCACAUGUACAGUAUCCUUCGCAGCCAACACCAAGUACAAUCCAGCAGCAGCCAGUUGUCUACAGACUUUCUCCUGAAGACUGGGGAACAAACCGAGCUGGAGCACAGUCACCACUACGUAAGGCUCAGAAGGGAGCAUCAAGUCGCGAAAGCUCUCCAGCACGGAUUACUUCACGUGCUCGACCACAGUCACCCAUCUGGACCAAUGCAGGUGUGGACAGACCACAGGUUCCUCAGCAAAGAACACAGCAUCAAGAGGCAGCCAGAACACAACAGGAGAACAAAGCUAAUUCUUAUGGGUCUGAGCAACCUCCAGCUUAUAUCCCUAUUCAAGUCACCAGGCAGCAACCACAUAAACCCCAGCCUAAAACUGAGAAAGCUGAAGGGAAAGCCCCAGCCACUGCAGAGACCGUCACCCACCAAGAAGAGGCCGUCAUCCCUGACAAGAAAACCAUCCCCAAUGAAGAGGCUGAGAAGCACCCUGGUUUGGUAAAAGUAGAGAAAAUUCUUCAAAAGGUCCAUAGGCUUGAAGCAGAUGUAAAUGGAUUUGAAGGAGCGGGAACAGAUAAACUCUAUCUGAUGAUUGAAGAAUUACUGACCAAAGAGCUAUUGGCCCUUGAUUCAGUAGACCCUGAGGGUCGAGAUGAUGUGCGACAAGCCAGAAGAGAUGGUGUUAAGAAGGUUCAAAACCUUUUGGAACGGUUGGAACAGAAAGCCAACAUGGGCCCAGAAGUGAAAAGCUUUUCUGAACCUCAGCCAGGAGUAACUGGGAAGCCAACUCAAAUGGAUUAUACGGAAGAUGACAAAAAAUGCACAAAAAUUGAUGUACCAGAAUCAAAAAUGGAAACAGACCAAACUGAAAUGAACCCAGGAAAGCCUAAUGAUGCUUGCAACAUCAAAGACGUUUCGACUGAUAGGCUUUAGACCUUAGACAUUAGACCUUUACCAUCACAAAUGCACCCUCAAGUCAUUUUUAAAAUCGUGUUGAAAUGUUUUAUGAAUGCAUGCAAGCCUUUUUCAUUGUUUUGUGCCCCAAUAUUCUUUAUCUGCCAUCAAUACAUGGAAAGAAAAUUAUGAAUGUCAGAAGCUUGUGGGUUGAACCAUGCAAGUCUUUGGUUACAUGUGAUCAACUUUAAAAAAAAUACAUUCAUCUUACUGAAGAACUGAAACACGUAUUAAGCAUGCCCCUGUGUUUUGCAUUGUAUUUAAUCCACUAUUACCCUUAAGAUCAACCUAGCCAAAAUAACAUGGUGUGCCACAUGAUGGUGAGUUUAAAAAGCCUUAUAAACUGCAAAAAUACUAUUUAAGUAAAAAAAAAAAAAAAUUUA